AGUGCCCUCAGCAGCUCACUAUUCCCCUGCAGUAUGUCCGGGUGUCCCAGGACACACCGUCCAACGUCAUCUACCAACUCAUGACCCAGCACUGGGGCCUGGAUGUCCCCAAUCUCCUCAUCUCGGUAACCGGAGGGGCCAAGAACUUCAACAUGAAGCUGAGGCUGAAGAGCAUCUUCCGGAGAGGCCUGGUCAAGGUGGCCCAGACCACAGGGGCCUGGAUCAUCACUGGGGGCUCCCACACGGGCGUGAUGAAGCAAGUGGGCGAGGCGGUACGGGACUUCAGCCUGAGCAGCAGUUGCAAAGAAGGAGAAGUCAUCACCAUUGGUGUAGCCACAUGGGGUACCAUCCACAACCGUGAGGGGCUGAUCCAUCCCAUGGAAGGCUUCCCCGCUCAGUACUUGCUGGACGAGGAAGGCCAAGGGAAUCUGACUUGCCUAGACAACAACCACUCCCACUUCAUCCUGGUGGACGAUGGGACCCAUGGGCAGUACGGCGUGGAGAUCCCCCUGAGGACCAAGCUGGAGAAGUUCAUAUCAGAACAAACAAAGGAGAGGGGAGGUGUGGCCAUCAAGAUCCCCAUAGUCUGUGUGGUGUUGGAGGGUGGCCCUGGCACUCUGCAUACCAUCUACAAUGCCAUCACCAAUGGCACACCCUGUGUGAUAGUGGAGGGCUCCGGGCGAGUGGCUGAUGUCAUCGCGCAGGUGGCCGCUCUGCCUGUCUCUGAGAUCACCAUCUCCUUGAUCCAACAGCAGCUCAGCAUCUUCUUCCAGGAGAUGUUUGAGACUUUCAAUGAAAACCAGAUCGUGGAAUGGACCAAAAAGAUCCAAGAUAUCGUCCGGCGGCGGCAGCUGCUGACAAUCUUCCGGGAAGGCAAGGAUGGGCAGCAGGAUGUGGAUGUGGCCAUUCUGCAGGCUUUACUGAAAGGUGAGGCUCAGGGCAGGGGAGGAAGGGGGCGGGAGGAGAGACCGGAACAUGGGCGCUCAGGACGAAUGACAGCAUCUCAGUCAGAUGUCCUGGCCAGAGAGCAGCUGCACUGGGCCACACACGCCCCUGACAUCCAAGAGGCUGGACAAAUUCCCACCUCUCGAAGCCAAGACCACGUCGGUCAUGAGAACUGGGACCAUCAGUUGAAGCUGGCGGUGGCAUGGAACCGUGUGGACAUCGCUCGCAGCGAGAUCUUCACCGAUGAGUGGCAGUGGAAGCCUGCAGAUCUGCACCCCAUGAUGACGGCUGCCCUCAUCUCCAACAAGCCUGACUUUGUGAGGCUCUUUCUGGAGAACGGGGUACAGCUGACGGAGUUUGUCACUUGGGAUACACUAGUCUGCCUGUACAAGAACCUGGAGCCAUCCUGCCUUUUCCACACUAAGCUGCAGAAAGUGCUGACCGAAGAGCAUGAACGCCUGACCUGCGGACCUGAUGCACCCCGGCUGCACAUGCACCACGUAGCCCAGGUGCUACGUGAGCUCCUGGGGGACUCUACGCAGCUGCUGUACCCCCGGCCCCGGUACAGUGACCGGCCACGGCUCUCGCUGCCUAUGCCACACAUCAAGCUCAAUGUACAGGGAGUGAGCCUCCGGUCCCUCUAUAAACGAUCAACAGACCACGCUACCUUCACCAUUGAUCCAGUCCGCGACCUUCUCAUUUGGGCCAUCAUCCAGAACCGCAGGGAGCUGGCGGGCAUCAUCUGGGCUCAGAGCCAGGACUGUACUGCUGCAGCGCUGGCCUGUAGCAAGAUCCUGAAGGAGCUCUCUAAGGAGGAAGAAGACACAGACAGCUCAGAGGAGAUGUUGGCAUUGGCGGAUGAGUUUGAGCACCGAGCUAUAGGUGUCUUUACCGAGUGCUACCGGAAGGAUGAGGAAAGAGCCCAGAAGCUGCUUGUCCGUGUUUCUGAGGCCUGGGGGAGGACCACCUGCCUGCAGCUGGCCCUAGAGGCCAAAGACAUGAAAUUCGUGUCUCAUGGAGGCAUCCAGGCUUUCCUGACCAAAGUAUGGUGGGGCCAGCUCUGUGUGGACAAUGGCUUGUGGCGGAUCAUCUUGUGUAUGCUGGCCUUCCCACUGCUCUUCACAGGCCUCAUCUCUUUCAGGGAAAAGAGGCUGCAGGCACUGUGUCGCCCAGCCCGAGUCCGUGCCUUCUUUAAUGCCCCCGUGGUCAUCUUUCAUCUGAACAUCCUGUCCUACUUCGGCUUUCUCUGUAUGUUUGCCUAUGUGCUCAUGGUGGACUUCCAACCCUCACCAUCCUGGUGCGAGUACUUCAUCUACCUGUGGCUCUUCUCCCUGGUGUGCGAGGAGACACGGCAGCUCUUCUAUGACCCCGAUGGCUGCGGGCUGAGGAAGAAGGCGUCCCUGUACUUCAGUGACUUCUGGAACAGGCUGGACAUUGGGGCCAUUCUGUUCUUCAUAGCAGGACUGACCUGCCGGCUCAUCCCAGCAACACUGUACCCCGGGCGCAUCAUCCUGUCUUUGGACUUCAUCAUGUUCUGCCUCCGCCUCAUGCACAUCUUCACUAUCAGCAAGACGCUGGGGCCCAAGAUAAUCAUCGUGAAGCGGAUGAUGAAGGACGUCUUCUUCUUCCUCUUCCUCCUGGCGGUAUGGGUGGUGUCCUUCGGAGUGGCCAAGCAAGCCAUCCUCAUCCACAAUGAGAGCCGCGUGGAUUGGAUCUUCCGUGGGGUUGUCUACCACUCUUACCUUACCAUCUUUGGGCAGAUCCCAACCUACAUCGAUGGUGUAAAUUUCAGCAUGGACCAGUGCAGCCCCAAUGGCACAGACCCCUACAAGCCCAAGUGUCCUGAGAGCGACUGGACAGGGAAGACGCCGGCUUUCCCUGAGUGGCUGACGGUCACCCUGCUCUGCCUCUAUCUGCUCUUCGCCAAUAUCCUGCUGCUUAACCUGCUCAUCGCCAUGUUCAACUACACGUUCCAGGAGGUGCAGGAACACACAGACCAGAUCUGGAAGUUCCAGCGCCAUGACCUGAUUGAGGAGUACCAUGGCCGGCCCCCGGCCCCUCCCCCGCUCAUCCUCCUCAGCCACCUGCAGCUCCUGAUCAAGAGGAUCGUCCUGAAGAUCCCCGCCAAGAGGCACAAGCAGCUCAAGAACAAACUGGAGAAGAACGAGGAGAUGGCCCUCCUGACCUGGGAACUCUGUCUGAAGGAGAACUAUCUUCAGAACCAGCAUUUCCAGCACAAACAGUGGCUAGAGCAGAAGAUCCAGGGCAUCAGUGACAAAGUGGACACUGUGGUGGAUCUUCUCGACAUGGACCAGGUGAAGAGGUCAGGCUCCAUGGAACAGAGGCUGGCCUCCUUGGAGGAGCAGGUGUCUCAGACAUCCAGAGCUUUGCACUGGAUCGUGACGACCCUGAAAGACAGUGGCUUUGGCUCAGGCCCAGGUAUGCUGACGCUGGGUGAGUAUAUAUGGUCUCUCAGGAGCUGCCUCCAAUAA